CGCUGGUCGAUGCUUGGAUUUGAGGCAAGGCGGGCAUGACCGAGACGACGACGACAACGGCGCCGACCGACCCGGUCACAGAGCUCUUGACGCGCGAGCGGUCGUGCAUCUUUGAGACGCGCGUCGAGAUGGCCGCCGAGUGCAAGGAGGCCGGCGCGACAUCACAAAAGGCCGGCGACUACGCGGCGGCAGUCCGUUGCUACGAGCGCGCGCUCUUCCAUGUCGAAUUUGACGAAGGCACGUGGGCGUUUGAGCUCCUGGACAAGCACCGUGAUGCGGUCAACGUCGCGCGGCUGCCGGUGCAUCUCAAUCUCGCAGCAUGCUACCUCCACGAGACGCUGCUCGACACGGCCAAGGUGCACGAACAGUGCGACCUCGCCCUGGCCAUUGAUGCGGACAGCGUCAAGGCCUUGUACCGGAAGGGCCAAGCCUUUCUCCACGCCAACGACAGCGAUGGCGCUGCCAAGGUGCUUGCGAAAGCAGUGCGGCUCCAGCCCAACGACAAGGCGAUCCGCGCGGCGUUGGCGCAAUGCAAAGAAAAGCAGGCGCUUGCUCGCGACCAAGACAAGAAGCGCUGGGGCGGGCACUUGCUCUCGGCCAAAGCCACUCCAGUCAACGCCCCGCCGACCACUGCAACGACGGCCUGGCCUCUAUGGUUGCUUGUGCCCUCGCUCCUCGUGCUCGUUGCGGCGGUGCUGUACGCUGUGCGAUCGUACUAGACACAAUAUACUACUGUAGUAGGCAGCAGCAGAUGACAAUUACGCGUCUACACAAUGGAAUGCUAGUUAUACUCGUACA